AUGAACUGCCCAUCGCGAACGGAUGAAUCUCCAGGCCAUCCACAAUGGAACCAGAAUCCACCAUCGUUGACGGCUGAUCUGACCACUUGCGAGGACCUCAAUGGAACUGUAAAUUCCCGAUCGUACAGGAAUCGGGAUUCGCAUUUGCGUUGCGAUUCUACUCAGAAUCCCGAUAGUUUAAUGGGGAGACCGCCGUCCGAGAAUCAUCGUCCCCCCACACCUACUCUCUCACCCGUGCUCUCCUCCCGGGAAAAGGCCAUGCUACCAGUUGGCCUAUCGGGAUAUACCAACGAUCCCGUCGGAACCGAGCUUGGAUCUGGCGAAUUGCCAUCGACCGUGAAAUCAAAGCUGGCCAAUAAGCUGCCCACCCGCGGCCUCCAGCGCCGCGGAACCUGCUCCAACAACCCGGCUACCGAAAGCCAAUACAACACGCCCCUCCACGUCGGGAGCCUGCUAAUCAUCCUGUUCAUCUCCUCCCUGGCCUGCUCAUUCCCACUCAUGUCCAUCAAAUUUAGCUUCCUCCGCAUCCCGUCCUGGUUCCUCUUUCUCGUCCGCCACUUCGGCACAGGCGUCCUGAUCGCAACGGCCUUUGUCCAUCUAUUACCUACCGCCUUCGGCUCGUUGAAUGACCCCUGCCUGUCCCGUUUCUGGACACAUGACUACCAGCCCAUUCCAGGCGCGAUCGCGAUGGCUGCCUUGUUCCUGGUGACGGUUGUGGAGAUGGUAUUCAGUCCUGGGAGGCAUUGUUGUGGCAAUGCAGGGAAUACGGAGAUUUACACCAAGGGCGGCAUGGAGGAUGGCCGUGGGAGUUGUGCUGCUCGCAGCGAUUCUGAACAGGACAGUCGUCUGGAGAAGCUGAAGACCGAUACGACCGGUGUGAAUGCCUUGAUGCGCCGGGAGCGGCCGCUAAGUGGCAAUUCGAGUAGUCUUGGUCGUGAGUUAGCGCAUCUUAAUGCAGAUCUUGUAGAGAUGGAACGGAUGCAGACAGUGGAUCGAGGAGAACCGCCGAUGAUGGAGAAUGGCAAGACCGUUACGGAUGACAACAAGGUGCUGAGUGAUGAUGACGAAUCCUCGAUUCAGCUGACGCCGGAGCAGCGGCAUAAGAAGGCUGUGCUGCAGUGUAUGUUGUUGGAGAUGGGGAUUUUGUUUCACAGUGUUUUUAUUGGGAUGGCGUUGGCGGUGUCGGUCGGGAGCGAUUUCAUGAUUUUGUUAAUCGCUAUUGCAUUUCAUCAAACUUUCGAGGGCCUGGCGCUCGGCUCGCGCAUAGCGGCGAUUGACUGGAGCCAUAAGAAAUCGCAACCAUGGCUCAUGGCUCUUGCAUAUGGCUGCACAACACCCCUGGGCCAAGCAAUCGGCCUGGCAACACACACCCUCUACGAUCCGAACUCAGAAGUCGGCCUGAUAAUGGUCGGCGUCAUGAACGCUAUCUCAUCCGGUCUGCUUCUUUUCGCAUCACUGGUUGAGUUACUAGCCGAGGACUUCUUGAGCGAUGCGAGCUGGCGCACGCUGCGUAGCAAAAGGCGCGUUACCGCUUGUUUCCUCGUUUUCCUCGGUGCUCUUGGCAUGAGUUUGGUUGGUGCCUGGGCCUGA